CCUCUGAAGUGUCUGGCAGUGGUGUACGCUAAUAAAUAAACGAUAACGUUAUUUGGCUGUGAAUUUGGGAUGAGCUGGUCCGGUGCAAAAAUGGGUACGGUGUCUCUUCUCAAGUGCUACAGACCCUUUUUCUCUAUGCUUUUCCCUCACUCCGCUCCACCCAGACUCCACGCCGCCAUCUUCAGGAGCAAAAACUUUUCUUUUUGCGCCACCUCGUCCCCGCCGUUGACGGCGGAGAAGGGUUGCGGCAAAUCCGACGCCGAGUGUCCCACCUUGCCGGAGGUGUGGCUGCACAACACCAUGAGUAGGACGAAGGAACUCUUCAAACCCAAAGUGGAAUCCAAAGUGGGAAUGUACGUGUGCGGCGUCACCGCUUAUGAUCUUAGCCAUAUUGGACACGCUCGCGUAUACGUCAAUUUCGACCUUCUUUACAGAUACUUUAAGCAUUUGGGAUUUGAAGUCUGUUAUGUUCGCAAUUUCACUGACGUAGAUGACAAGAUAAUUGCUAGAGCAAAGGAGUUAGGAGAAGAUCCAAUCAGUUUGAGCUGGCGCUAUUGUGAAGAGUUCUGUCAAGACAUGGUAACUCUUAAUUGUCUGUCUCCCUCUGUGGAACCAAAGGUCUCAGAGCACAUGCCCCAAAUCAUUGAUAUGAUUGAGAAGAUCCUUAAUAAUGGGUAUGCCUACAUUGUUGAUGGGGAUGUGUACUUUAAUGUAGAAAAAUUUCCAGAAUAUGGGAAACUAUCUAGUCGAGAUCUAGAAGAUAAUCGAGCUGGUGAGAGGGUUGCAGUUGAUUCUAGAAAGAAAAAUCCUGCUGAUUUUGCUCUUUGGAAGUCUGCAAAGCCAGGGGAGCCAUUUUGGGAGAGUCCCUGGGGUCCUGGAAGACCUGGGUGGCAUAUUGAAUGCAGUGCCAUGAGUGCAGCUUAUCUUGGUUACUCUUUUGAUAUCCAUGGUGGAGGAAUCGACCUUGUGUUUCCUCACCAUGAGAAUGAAAUUGCUCAGAGUUGUGCUGCAUGUAAGAAAAGUGAUAUAAGUAUAUGGAUGCACAAUGGUUUUGUCACCAUUGACUCUGUGAAAAUGUCAAAAUCUUUGGGGAAUUUUUUCACAAUACGUCAGGUUAUAGACGUUUACCAUCCACUGGCCUUGAGAUAUUUUUUGAUGAGCGCACAUUAUCGAUCUCCUAUUAACUACUCAAAUAUACAGCUCGAAAGUGCUUCAGACCGUGUUUUUUAUAUAUAUGAGACAUUACAUGAAUGUGAAAGCUUUUUGAAUCAGCAUGAUCAGAGGAAGGAUUCCACCCCACCGGAUACUUUGGAUAUUAUUGAUAAGUUCCACGAUGUUUUUUUGACCUCAAUGUCGGAUGAUCUUCACACUCCAGUUGUAUUGGCUGGAAUGUCUGAUCCAUUAAAAUCAAUCAAUGAUUUGCUGCAUGCUCGUAAGGGGAAAAAACAACAAUUUCGAAUCGAAUCACUAUCAGCUUUGGAGAAGAGCGUCAGGGAUGUCCUUACUGUUUUAGGACUUAUGCCUGCAAGUUACUCUGAGGUUUUGCAGCAGCUUAAGGUAAAAGCUUUAAAACGUGCAAACUUUACGGAAGAAGAAGUCUUGCAGAAAAUUGAAGAACGGGCUACUGCUAGAAUGCAAAAGGAGUAUGCUAAAUCGGAUGCAAUCAGGAAGGAUUUGGCUGUACUUGGUAUUACUCUUAUGGACAGUCCAAAUGGCACAACUUGGAGGCCUGCCAUUCCUCUUCCACUUCAAGAGCUGCUCUAAGUCAAGAGUUGUUCAACAUCUCCAAAGCAAAACCAAGAAAUGUAAGUUACUAGGUUCUGGUAUAUGGAAAUCAAUUAUAAGGGAUGCCACGGGUGUAUCUCGCUAUCAACUUCUCAGAAUGAUAAAGGCGACCCCUUCUUAACUCUUGAUGCCGUAAAAACAUGGAUUACAAUUUACGUUUUGAUAGAGAUGUGCUUAGUGUAGUUGUCUUGGUGACCAAUAUUGAAUUUUUUUUUUUUCUUCAUAUACCGGGCUUUUAACCCCUAGAGUAUUCAUAGUUUCAACGAAUUUGAGUUUCAGAUUAAUAUUAAAAUAAAUAGUCGCACUAUCACUAGAGUAGUGUUAUGUUUCUACUUUCUAGAGUAGCUUCGGUUUAAUAUUGAGAAAGACAUUUUUUUUGUGGUGAUAAUGAAUUUUCUGUUGUUUUUUUUUCCUGGA